GCAAGUCAAUCCAUCACAACAGCAUAAGCACCCAUUGUACGAGGCACGAAGAAGCAAGCCGCCAUCUCUUGACUACCUACCAUCACCAGCAAAUGGAAACCGCAGUACAACCAUCACCCAUCACCACCGCCGACGCCCCCUUCAACGAUCCCACUGAUGUUGUUGAUCUAGUCAUCCGCACAACCGAUAAUGUCGACUUCUUCGUCCUCAGCGGGCUGCUAUCGCUGCGAUCUCCAUCGUCGUUCUUCCGUCACGCUUUACAGAGCAAUCGGCACACAGAGGAGAGAGAUGGUUUUCCUGUGUUACGUGUGGUUGAGGACAGCACCACGUUCAGAUAUAUCCUCCUUCUCUGCUACCCUAAUGACCGUCCCGUUGAGAUCAAGAGCGUCGAAGACGUUGUGGCGGUGCGCGUUGCGCUUGAGAAGUAUUGUAUGGACUACGCAAUUGGCCGCUUCGAGCAGACGGUGAUCGCGUCGUCCCUCAUAAGGGAACACGCCUUGCGACUGUUCGUCCUGGCGUUUCGGAAAGGGUGGAGAAAAUUGGGCGAGGCGGCUGCAAAGAACACGCUUUUCAUUCCGUUAACUGAAGAUGUGGCGAUUGAAGAACUGAAUGACAUAUCCGCGAUGCAAUACGUUAUCCUGCGAGACUACCACAGGAAGUGCAGUGACACCGCACGGGCAAAUCUCGACUACGGGAAAAAAUUAUUUUGGAUGGAACCAGAAGACGCUGAAUCACUCAGUUCUUCUUAUUCUUAUAGGUUCAACGACGGCUACUACGAGAGGACCGUGAGAAUAAGAGGUACCGAUGGUGAAAGGACGCGUUUAAUCGAUCAGUGGACACUCGAUUACAUUCGAAAGGUUUCGCAGAAGCUGCGCGAAACGCCUCAUCCGGAAAUCGCCACGGAUGAAAAUAUCAUCAACGCGGUCGUUUUGAGUAGUGGAAAUGAUAGCAUAGCUAUCCGCAAAAUCCAAACACUCGCAAAACUUUUGUCGAAAGAAAUCGAUAGGAGAAUUUCUGAAGUUCCUUUGAAUAUCAAAUGGGAAAGAUGAGGUGCAGAGACACUCAGGUAGCUUACGGAUCGGAGUGAGUGUCACCUGGAAAGCGAAAUCGCUGUAUGCAGUUCCUUCUCCCGUUGUUAUAGAAAAUGUUCCCCGAUAUUGUCGAGUCACUGGCGUUGUCGAGACGUUCUAAGCAAUGAGAUGACACAGCUGCCCCUGGAUUAUAGCUGUAUCAAACUCGCCCAGGAAAUAACAGAUGCUCCAAGAUGAAGAAAUAAUGUCCAUGUCUCCACGAAGACAGAAUUUGGAGCGGGAUUUAGGCUCUACG